AUGGAGGAGGAGGUGCACAAGAACGACAAGAAGAUGGAACCCAGCGAAAUCGAUGACCAGGUGCGCCGCAUGUACGAGGAGGAGCGCAAGAAGAGCCGGAUGCGGCGCGAGGCGCUUAACUCGCGCUACCUGCUGACCGCGGAGCCGAAGAAGAUAGGUAAGAAGGAGCUGAAGGGAUGUGUGGAUCGCCUCUCGCACGUUGACUGGGAGAAGCGCGACGAGGAGCUUUUCAAGAAGUAUGUGUCACCCUAUCGCUCGAUGCCAAGGUCGAUUUUCUCGCGUCGUAGGGCGGCAGGUGGUGGCGCCAGCAGCCCCUGCGGGACAGCACAGAAGGGGUACAUGCGCAUCCAUCAUGCAGCGCUCUGCUGA